AUGUCAAAACUUUGUGAGCAUGCAGCCUCCUGCCCUCCGACACUGUCAGUGGAAGAUUUCCAGAGAGAUGAAGCCUUUGACUGCCGAGUUAUCCAGCUGAUCCGAGAUGACAUCCUGCCCCAUGCAAGUCACCUUCCGGCAGACUUCAUGGUCAAGAUUAUGGACAUUCUCAACAAGGGCUCCAUCCAUUCCACUACUUCUGAUUGUUUUGUUGACACAGAAUCCAGCAGGAAGCUCAGAGAAGAGUUUGCCCGCACCUGCUUUGAGACACUGCUGCAGUUUUCUUUUGUUAGUGACACUGUGUCAGAGCAGGGCCAACUGACACGACUUGCUGUCAUGUCACUGUUGCGUCGGUGUCAGGAUGUUGUCACUAAAUAUGUUGAGGAUGAGAGACUAAGCGGAAAGUGUCCUUUGCCGAGGCCAAGGUUAGCUGAGAUGUCAUCUGUACUCAAAGCAAUAACCACCCUGCUGCAGUCACUCAAGAAGGCACCCAAGGAGAAUGUGGAAGUCGCUGUCUGGAACCAAGUUAUUAAGCUGUACCCAGCACUGGUUGAGUGCACAACAUCACCAUCACCUCAGGUGUCCAAAAGUCUGCGUGAUGCCUUGCACGAGUUCUGUGAUCUGCUGGCGCCACCUGGUUCCGCGUAUCUGCAAAAUGGCAGAUAA